AUGGCUUCUCCGCAAUCCCCGAUCCCUUCGAAAUGGGCGAACCGCGCGGGCAGAGAAUUUGACAUCGUUGUGUUCGGGGCGUCGGGAUUCACGGGACGGUUCGUGCUCAUAGAGGCGAUGCGAGUGGCUCGCUCGAUAGUCUCUGGCACUCCGCUGCCUCCCCACGCGCCCCUCCGCGUGGCGGCCGCGGGGCGCAGCCGCGCGCGGGUGGAGCAGGCGGUGGCAGCUGCGGAAGCGAGUGUGCGCAAGGAGGCGGGCGGAUCCGCGGGACCGGCGGCAUCCGCGGGAGCGGCGGAGCAGGGGGAAGCAGGCCGGGGGGGGGUGACGAUCGUCGUCGCGGACGUGUGCGAUUCCGCGUCGCUGGCGGCGAUGGCGCGGCGCUGCUGCGUGCUGAUCAACUGCGUGGGGCCGUUCCGCUUCUACGGCGCGCCGGUGGUGGAGGCGUGCGUGGCGGCCGGCACGGACUACGUGGACGUGUGCGGGGAGCCGGAGUUCAUGGAGCGCAUGGCGUUCGCGCACCACGCCGCGGCGGUCAAGGCGGGCUGCCUCGUGGUGUCCGCGUGCGGGUUCGACUCCGUGCCCGCGGAUCUCGGCACGCAGUACACGCUGCGCCAGCUGUCCUCAGAGCGAGCAGCAGCGGUGGCAGUGGACUCGUACCUGUCCGUGUCAGCGCCCAGGGGCCUGGCAGGCCACUACGCCACGUGGGAGUCCCUCGUGCAUGGCCUUGCUUCUGCCGGGGAACUUCGGGCUAUCCGCAGGGAAGCAGCCAAGUCAGCAGCAGGGGGGACGAGAAAACCCUCCUCCGGAAACAGCAGCAGCAGCAGUAGCAGUGAACGCCCGUUCAUGGGCGCGGAUGCUUCUGUUGUCCGCCGCUCCCUUGCUGCUUUCCAAGCCGCCGCUGCUGCACAGGCUGCAGCAGGAGCAGGAGCAGGAGCAGGAGCUGGGGUGCAGGGAGAUGUGGGAGCAUCGGCGGGAGGAGAGGACGCGAGUGGAGGUCAAGGGGAGACUGACGCUCUGCUUGCGUCGCCAUCGUCACCACCACCUGAGUCUUCGGCUUCAGCAGCUGUCGCAGCAGCAGCAGGAGCAGCAGCGUCAGGAGCAGCAGUGAGCAUGGUGCAAGGCACGGGGUUAGAGGCCCUCCCCGUGCCGUGCAAUGCAGCAGCCAUGGUGCAUUACUCGGCCUACUUCACCGUGUCCUCCUCCUUCCACGUCUGCCUCUUCCUCGCCUUUGGCGCCCUGCUCAAGGCCCUCACAGCCGUGCCGUUUGGAAUCAAGCUGCUGCUCAAGUACCCCAGCCUCUUCUCCUUCGGGGUGUUCUCACAUCAAGCUGAUAAUCCUCUCCCUGGACCUUCUGAGAGUCGUCCACGCAUUGUUAUGCCGGACCCGGCUGACAACACUCCAAUCCCUGAACCUUUCAAGGAGUGGACUUCGCUGGCUGUUAAGGGCUUCCGCGACGACUUCAAGAACUUCCUUAAGGCGAAAAGCAAAUUCAAGAAGAUGAAGGAGUUGGACCGUCAAGUCGUGGUGCUUCACAGCAUCGGCACGAAGGCCGUCGAAUUCCAGGCGAAAUUUGCCUCCGUAAAGGAGAAAUCGGCCGCGUCCGUUGCAGAGAUUCUCUUGGCGAAUCAAAAGCGGCUGCAGGCUGAUUUUAUCGCUUCGAAAGCACUGGAGAUUGAGGAGAUUCAGGAUGUGGUGGACUUGCAUGUCGUCGCUCUGGCUUCAAAGAUGGAGGAGUAUAUCAAAAGCCUCAGCGCUGACCCCGAUCUGGUGGUGUUUGACGCCGCCAAGGAGAGGUACCGUUUACUCAAGGGUCGAUGCAUUGAAAAGGCUAACUCCGACAUCGUGGCUGCAAAGGAUGAGAUUGUCAUCCGCGAGCUCGAUCGACAGAACAAGGCCGCCGCCGAAUAG